AUGGAGUCGGAUGAGAAAUUGCGUAAAGAUGUCAAAUCGUUGAAUGAGAAGUUGGAUAAGCUUAUCUUAGCUCAGUCCACAAUGAAGAAGGUCAAUUUUGUGUCUACUGAAGAGAUGGAACCAGUCCAAGAAAGGGAGGAUACACAAUUUGCUGAAGUGUGCUACAUGAGCAAUGGGCAAGGAGGUUACAACAAAGGCUACUAUAAUUACAAGUCCAACUCAGCCAUGUCAUACCGAAACACUGAUGUUGCUAACCCUCAGGACCAGGUCUAUCUUCAACAACAGCAAGCUCGAUCGAGUCAAGCCCAACAACAUGGGUAUGGUCCUAAAAACAACUACCAAGGCCCUCAAGGGACUUUUCCUAGUCAGAAAUUGCUUCAGGGGCAAGCUGAUGGUGUAGUGGACACAAGCAAAAAACAUCUACCUGGUAAGGCCAUUCAGAACCGCAAGGAACAGUGCAAGGUCAUCUUCACUCAAGAAGGUCUUGAUGAAGAAGAGGAUCAAGAGAGAGUCAUGGAAGAGUUUUGUUUGUUGUUGCAUGACGAGGAGAUUGUUGUUGAUGAGGCUCCUGGAGUCCAGUUUGAUCAAGUUGAGGUGCAAGUACCUACUGUAGCCUUUCAAACUUCACCAGUUGAGCUCGCAGAACAAGCUCGAUCGGCAGCUCGAUCGAGUCGAAAUUUAGCUCGAUCGAGUCAGACACCUUCUGUCCUCAAGCUGAUUUUGCUUGAUCCUUACCAGCCAGUUGAUACAUCAUCAGGCCGCCUACUCAUUCAAAGCCAUAAGUAA